AUGGCUCAACAGCAGAAGGUUAACCAUUAUUUGCUUUAUGGACAGGAUAAAAAUCACAACUACCAAGAGAAUAUACAUGUGACCAUUAAUGGCCUCGGAUUAACGUACACCAGGAAUCUUUCCUUGCUAACCAGCAUAGAUCUGUCUGGAAACAAUUUAAGCGGAGAACUUCCUGAAGAAAUAACAAGAUUAGUUGGUUUGGAGGUUUUGAACUUAUCAAGAAACCACAUCAGUGGCCAGAUUCCUGAUAGCAUUUCAGAAUUGCAUCAGCUGUUAUCUCUUGAUCUAUCAGGCAAUAGGCUUUCAGGUCCUAUUCCCCAAAGCAUAACUUCAUUGACAUUUCUGGAGAAUUUGAAUGUGUCAAACAAUAACUUGUCAGGUAAAAUACCUUCUGCAAAUCAGAUGUCAACUUUUAAUGCAUCCUCUUUUGCUGGGAACCCUGGACUAUGCGGAGAUCCUCUUGCAGUGAAGUGUGCCAAUGGUUCAAACAAUGGAGGUGACAAUUACCCAGAUGCUGGACGGAAAGCUGAUCAAGUUGAUAAUGGCAAUGGCUUUGCAGAUAAUUGGUUUUACAUGAGCAUUGGGGUGGGAUUUGCAGUAGGUUUAUUGCUUCCUUAUUUAGUAUUCGCAAUGAAAAGGCCCUGGGGUGGAAUUUAUUUUGCAUUUGUGGAUGGAACUGCCUAUAGAUUGUCAAGUGAGAAAAUGAAAGCAGCUAUGAGGAGAAGAACAGGCUGA